GAGUGUGUGUAGCUGUGCAGCCGUGUCGUUCUUGAACGGAGCUCUCUUUUCCAGUCCCGGGUAAAUUUACACGACUAGAACACCCAGCUUGCUUCUGUAUUUCAGUGAGGAACACACGGUUCACUCGGCAGAUGUUGUCUUUGCAGUCAUUUAGUGCUAAAAAAGUAUAGUUUCAGUUGCGGGCAAACUAGUCGAGCUAGCUCCGGUCUGCAGGAAGGCACAGGAGGGAUGUCGCGCGGUGAGCUGGGAAAGCUGGACCCGGCCGUUAUCCAGAAGCAGGUACACAGUCUCAAGUUUAGCAUGGAAGAAGGCAACAAUAAUCUAUGCAAUGAAACUGAUUCUGACUCAGCAGAGCGGAAGGAUGGUGCCAAGAGCAAAACCAAAUGGACUCAUGAAGAGGAUGAAAAUCUCAAAAUCCUGAUCAGCAACUUUGGAAAGAAAGACUGGAAAAUGAUUGCCAGUUUUUUGCCAGGGCGGACAGAACAACAGUGUAUGCUCCGCUGGAAAAAAUGUCUGGAUCCCAAUCUAGUCAAGGGAUUCUGGUCCAAAGAGGAAGAUGAAAUGAUUGUAAACCUGGUGGGCAAGUUUGGCACCAAACACUGGACUGCAAUUGCCAAGCACCUGAAUGGGCGGCUGGGGAAACAGUGCCGUGAACGCUGGCACAACCACCUCAACCCAAUGAUCAAGAAGAGCACCUGGACUAAUGAGGAAGAUCUCAUCAUCUACAAAGCUCACUCCAUUCUGGGAAACCGGUGGGCUGAGAUUUCAAGGCUGCUCCCUGGAAGAUCAGACAAUUCUGUGAAGAAUCACUGGAAUGCCACCAUCAAACGUAAAGCAGAGAUGGGCUUGUUCAAAGAUGAAGCUGAAUGCAUUUCACUGGAUAUUCAACAGUUUGUGGAGGGAGAGGUGGACUUCAAAUGGGACGUCGUAUUGGAUGCUGAACCAGUAACUCCUGAAGUGGUCAAGCCUGAGAAAACAUUGCAGCAGCAGGAGCAUCGUAAAGCCAAGCAGACAAUGGCUGUUCCACCACCCCAGGCUUUGGCAUCAAGAAGAGAACUUUCCUCCCCGAGUCCCUCUCUGCCCCCCAGUUCCAGUCCCAGUCCCAGUCCGAGUCCGAGUCUUAGCUCCAGCUCUGGUGCUACACCAUCAGCUGUGCAGGUAGACCAGAAAAAGUUUGCUGAUGCAGCAUUGAGGAUGAUUGCUGAGGACAUGCUGCCACUCAGUUUUGUUGAAGGUGCAGGUUUCAGGUCUUUCAUGAACACCAUCAUGCCUGAAUGCAGCAAGCUGUCCCAGCGUGUCAUCGGCCAGCAGCUCUACGACGAUGUGGAGAGAACCAUUAAGCCUCAGCUCAUACGUGACCUCAAAGCCUGCCUUGCUAAAACCAAAGACGGUAAACGUGCCAUUCAUGUCACCUUUGACCUCUGGACAGGGAAUCUGUCCCAAUCGGGGGAGGAUCCCAUCGUCGUUGUGCAGCUCCACUUUGUCAGUGAUUCCUGGCAGAUCCGCCGUCCUGUUGUGGCCUUCCGUCACCUCACCCACAAAAACUUCAGCACUGCUGUGGCCAGGGAGCUGGAAGGUGUGCUGCUGAGCUAUGGAAUCUUUCCUGAGAGCAUCGGCUAUGUUCUUGCCAACCCGGCUAAAGAAGCCUUGACUGCGAACAACUUGUUCUGUGACUACAAGAUCAUGUGCUCCUCCAACAGGGGAGAACCGGUUGGAGAGGAGAUAGUGACAUUUCUGUCCGACCAGAUGUCUGAAACGGAGUCCCCAUUCUCAGAGCUGCAGAUUGGAACCAGGACCACGUGUGUUGCCAGAACAUUGCAAAGUGUGAUCAAGGAUGCCCUGAAAACUUCCAGAUUAGUGGAGAACCUGCUCUCACAGGUGCACAAUGUGGUGGCUUUCUUCAAGAACAGCGCCUACUGGAGCGAGGUUUUGCUGAAGGAGUGCAAUGUGUCUCUGUGCCCUUCGUCCAGUAACUGUCGCUGGAACUCCAUGAUGCUGUCAUUAAGGCGUAUGGUGCAGGAGUCUGCCUGGAGUGCCAUCAUGACUCUCCUGGGCCAGGCUCGCAUCGAGGCAAACGACACAGCCAGUGCCCCACCUCUGGUCAUGGUCAAGAGGGAGCAAGUGAUUGACAUUCUGGGUCUCCUGGAGCCCUUUGAGGAGGCUUUGCAGGUUCUGCAAGGAAGUGGUGUGACCAUUUCCUUAAUCGUACCUUCCCUCGUUGGUCUUGAUAAGACAUUGGAGAGUCGGGUCACCAACUACACCCACUUCAGCAAGGCCCUGCGCUUAGGCCUCCACAGUAACUUCCAGUCGCUCAUUCAUCAGAAGGACAUCAUACUAGCAGCUGUGCUUGAUCCCAGAAUCAAACUGCAGCCGUUUCCUGAUGUCAAAAUGGAAGAGCAAACAGAGUUCCUAACACCUCCCUCAAAGCAUCAGGCUCGGACCAUUGUGGAAUCCUCAUUAGAAAGCAUGAAGGUCUCGGCUGUUCCCACUGUGGAGGCAGAUAAAAGCCAGAAAUGCAGUGAGAUGAAAAAAGAGCAGGAUGUUGAAGGAGAAAGCCCAGCAAACACAAUAACGGAGACGUCUGAUGGCAGCUCAGACAACAACUGUGAUGAAGUCAGCCAAAACGACCUCAAGCGCAAGUCCAUUUUUAGCUUCCUCCAGCCGCCUGCGAAGAUGUUGAAGAUGUCAGAGCUUGAUGUGUACCUAUCUGAGCCACUGUUGGAAAGCAACUCCAGUCUUCUGUACUGGAAAUCUGCUAAUCAGUACCCCCAGCUCCAAGGUAUUGCCAAGAGGCUGUUGGCGGUGCCAGCCACUUCUGGGGGCUUCGAGCGGCUCUGUCCGAUGGCAGCUUGCAUUGUACGAGCCAAGAGGAGCCGCCUGCCUGCUCAUACCACAGAGAGGCUGCUUAUAUACAAGAACUCUGUGAAGACAAACACUGUUAAAAAGGCCAGAAGGGUUGCUAAAAACUGAGCCCAGUGACAAGUGGGUCUGUUUAUUUUGACCUUUUCCACCCAAACUUCAACAUACUUGUCACGCUGCAUAACAGAAACUCUGCUGUUACUUACAUAAGCUGUGCCUGCAGAAUACUGACAAUGAGGGCAGUCUAUUCAAAAUACCUCUGACAUUGGAGUAAACCAGUGAAGCUAGAUGACUGUUAAGGGUUUGUAAUAGGAGGGAGUUUCUUUAUAGCUGGACUGCAUUUCAAUACAACAUAUAGUGGAGACUAGUAAAAAUGUCAUUCCAAGUAUGCAUUAAGAUGCCUUUAACAAAAGAUUUUUUUGUCACUGCUCAAACUGUAAAAAGUUCCUCUGAAGACCUUGUGCUGCUGUUGCCUUUUCACACAAGCAGAAAAUGAAAUAUAUUUCUUGAAUUGCAGGAUUUAAACCUUUCUGGCUUUCUGCAACUGGCUCUGCCCUACUUUAAUGCCAUUGAAAUAGUUCCAUAGCUGGAAUUCAGCAAUAAAUAGUAGACAUCAGCUUGUUUCUUUUGCAGAAAUACUGAAAUGGGAUACUUCUAGCUGUACUCUUUGGCAGGUAUACAUGAAUGGCUAGUCAGUGCCUGAAGCAAAAAGUUAAAGUAACCUGUAUGUUAUAGCAAAACUACAGGACUGGACCGUUCCUUUUUAAGCCUUUCUUCCUAUUCAGAAUUGUAAGUUAUUAUAUGCUGCAAACAGACUGUGUUUGGUCACUUGUCAGUGAACUGAACAAGACAGAGCAACCUCUUCAUUUUUUGUAAAACCCUUUUGUAUUUUAUUAGUCUUACAAAUAGUUUUUUUAUUUGUUUGCGAUGCUUUAAAGGCACUGCAAUGAAUGAUAUUUCUCAAGAGCAUUGAUGAUUUUUGCCCUGAAGUGAAUUGUAAUGAGUGUGAUGCAAAGGUCAUUCUGAGUGGUCCUAUGACAUUAUUAGUCAGGUAUAUUUCACAGUUCACAUUGAAUGACAGCUGAUGGAUUGUUUUUAUUGCAGUGUUGAUAUUGUGCAAAUAAACACAAGUUUGCAUCCUUUGACCUCUUGUGUCUCCACUUGGAAAUAUCCAGAGAAUGUACAUAAAUUAAACAGUAUUUUGUCUACA